UCAUAACCAUUCUUGUCGUUUUACGCUCCAUGAGGGAACUCGCCAAGAAAAUAAGAGGAAAACUCCGUCAAGCAAACCAGAGGAAAACCACAGUAACCUGCAGAAGAAAACUUAAAAAACACUGGUACAUAUUCUUACCUGGAAAUACACCGAAAAUUGCAAUUGAGAGAUGGCUUCUAUUGCUUUAACUUCUCUGAUUAAAACCAUUGAGCUUGAGUUUCUGCAACCCGCCCCAAGAGUAGGGGAGCUGUCUCUCCAUGAUCGGGCAGGAAUCAACUCUUUCCUUGCAAGCCUUUCUUCUUUGCUAGCCCUUCUCCAGAUGGAAUCCAGUGGCGAUGCAGUCAGAGUCAGAGAUUUGGAAAUCGAAAUCAGAGACUUUGCACUCAAAGCUGAAGACCACAUUGAAAUUCAACUCAGCAACUUCCUUCUGGCUCAACACACAGGGAUACGCCCUAAAAAGAAAAUGAAGAUCCCGGGACAACCGAGUGAUGAUUACAUGUGUUUUAGGGCAACAUACGAACUACUGCAUCAGACUUUGGGAGAAGCAGCAACAAAUGCAACAGAUCUGUUGAAGAUUCUAACCAGGGAAAAGGAGUCAUGUGUAAGUGAGAAAGAGAUGGCUAGUGUUGCUUUAAUUAAUCUCAUCCCAAAAUUGAGGUAUCACUUUUUGCAACCCUUCCCAACGGUGUAUCUUGGUGAUGAAGCGGAAUCUUUCUUGUGGAAGCUUAAUUCUCUGCAGAGGAAUUCCAAUGGAGGUGCUGCUGCAAUCAAAAUCAGAAACUUCGCACUCGAAACUGAAAGUGACAUCGAAAUACAGCUAAGCGACUUUCUUCUAGCCAAACACACUCAGCAUGAAGGAGAAGUUUCCCAGAGACUCCGUCAAACCUUGCGAGAAGCAGCCAAAAUUGCAGCCGAGUUUUUGAACAUUAUCUUCAAAGAAGAACAGCAUGAGAGAGAGAGGGAGACGACUUUUGCUGCUUUAACUUCUCUCAUGGAAACAAUUGAUGAUGAUAAAGCGGGAAUCAAAUCCACUUUAUUGGAAAACCUCUCUUCUCUGCAACUCUUUCUGCGGCAGCAAUUAAGUGGCGGUUGUGCUACAACCAAGGAUAAGGAUUUGGAAACAGAGAUCAGAAACUUCGCACUCAAAGCUAAGCAUGACAUCGAAAUACAACUAAACAACUUUUCUCAAGAAAAAGAUUCCAGGGGACUACAUCAAACCUUGCAAGAAGCAACAUCAAAAGCAACAAAGUUGUUGAACAUUUUAACCAAACAAGAAGAAAAUGGAAGAGAGCUGGCUAGUGAUGCUUUAAAUACUUUCAUGACAAAAUUUUAUUACGACUUUUUGCAUCCCAACCCUAUAGUGCCUCUUGACAAUAGAGCAGCAAUGACAUCUUUCUUCCAAAACCUUUCUUCUUUGCAAGACCACUUGGAGUCUAGUGGUGCUGCUACAAUCAAUGAUUUGGAAACCGAAAUCAGAUCCUUUGUACUCACGGCUGGAGAUGACAUUGAAACACAAGUAAAAAAUUUAGUUCAGGCCAAAGACGACACUGAUUAUCAACAAAAAACUUCCCAGCUCAAUCAAACCGUGCAAGAAGCAGCGGGAAGAGCAGCAAAGUUGUUGAAGAUAAUCAACAGUAGAAGCAAUGAAGUUGAUGAGGCAAAUGAAACUCAACCAUCAAAUACUUGGUUAAAACAUGCUGCUUCCAAGUCUGCGAAUGUUGAGUUUGAUGGAUCCUUGCAUCGCUUUCUAAAGCCAGAGGGAAGAAUGGUUGGUCGUCACCAUGAUUGUAGAGUGAUAAAUGAUCAGCUCUUUUCUUCCCGUCACCAUGAUUGUAGAGUGAUAAAGGAUCAGCUCUUUGCUUCCCGUCACCAUUAUUUUAGACUGAUAAAGGAUCAGCUCUUUUCUUCCCGUAAUAAACGAAAGAUAAUCUCAAUUGUUGGAAUGGUGGGUAUUGGAAAGACUACUCUAGCAAGAAAUGUGUAUGAAGAUCCAUCAGUUGCAUCACAUUUUGAUGUAAGAGGUUGGGUUACUAUGGCUCAAGACAACAAUAAGAGCGGAAUGCUAAGCCAACUUCUUCAGUCAAUUACGCCAGAGGAGCCAAAUGUAAUUAAAAAGGGAAGCACUCCACAUGAACUAGAAAUGCAGGUACGCAAAUGCUUACGUGGUAGGAAGUACCUAAUUGUUUUGGACAACAUUAUGAGCAAUAAAGCUAUGACUUGCAUCAGGCAGUGUGUCAGGCAGUGUGUUCCUGAUGACAUAGAUGGAAGUUGCAUAUUACUAACCACUAGACACUUCAACCGAUAUGACUACUGGAACAGCUAUAUCCAUUACAUGACUUUGCUAGGUCCAAAAGAAAGCUGGGAACUAUUUUGUAAUAUCCUUUCUAUUGAAGAGCACUUGGCCCCUAAAUUUGAAAAAAUUAGGACCCAUGUUGUGGAGAAAUGUGAUGGAUUACCCCAGUUAAUUGUUGAAGUUGCCAAGCGUUUAUCUAAAUGCAACAACAUACAACAAGGGUGGAAAAAGAUUGAAAAGGAAUUAGAGUCGUUGGGAAUUCUAGAUCGCAAUUCAAUCACUGUCAGUUACAAUAUAUUGCCACAUCAUUUGAAAGUUUGCUUUCUAUACUUUGGAGUCUUCCCAAAACGUAAAAAAAUUCUAGUUAAAAUGCUUAUAAGGUCGUGGAUUGGUGAGGGAUUUGUAAAGCCAGAGCCAUUGAAUCAUAAUGAGUUAGAAGAUGAAGCUUAUAAGUGCUUGCAGGAGCUUACUGAUAGAAGCCUUCUCUUAAUUGAAGAUCAAAGUUCUGAAGGCAAAAUCAAGAGUUGUAGAAUGCACAGUGCCUUGCAUAGCUUCUGCGUAGGAGAAACACAAAAAGAAGGUAUUUUGUGUACAAUAAAUACUCAGCAACAUCCAAGAUUGCCAUUAAAAGAGUUUGCAAAUUCCUGUCGUUGGCUAAGUUUUUACUCACAUAGUUUUGACUAUUAUGUGCUCUUUGGUACAAACAUCCCUCGCUCCAUUUUCUUCUUCCAUAAAAAUCCUAAAAUGUUUGUUCCUCUCAAGCUGUUGAAAGUUUUGGCUUUUGAUUCUUCUAUAUCACUUCAAAGGGUGCCAAUGCAAUUAGGGGAUUUAGUUUUUCUGAGAUACCUAUCCAUAACACAAUGGUUCCUGGAUCUGGAUGAUGUAGUGUCAAAUAAUCCAAAUUUAGAGACACUUGUUGUUUCCGGUAAUGGAGCACCAACAGUCCAUUUGCCAUCUAGUAUUUGGAAGCCACCACACUUAAGGCAUCUUGAACUUGGCAAUUCAUAUUUGGUGGAUCCUCCAAGUGCAGAUAAAAAGAAUUUACAAACAUUAUGUUGGGUGGUGAGACCACUUCAUUGCAGAAAAAAGGUGUACAGCAAGUUCCCUAACAUAAAAAAUCUGAAAAUUUUCCUGAAAGAUGACAUUGAGCCCAAUCACAUUGGAGGAUGUUGCAGUAAUCCUAUUAUUUUGGAUCAUUUUGACUAUUUUAAAUGGCUUAAGAAGCUAAGCAUCUCAGUCUCUUUUGGUUGCAAUGUAGCCCUUCCAGAACUCGCUAGGUUUCCUUCAGGACUGAAGAAGUUGAAGUUGAGUGGGACUAAUAUUUCUGAGGGGGAUUUAAAUGUAAUUGCCAAGUUACCGAAUCUUAUGGUGCUGAAGCUGGAAAAUGCUUUUCAUGGAAUUGUAUGGGAAGUAGCUCAAAAAGGAUUUUGUAAUUUAAGAUAUUUGCUCAUUGAAGCUAAAGAACUCAAGCAGUGGGUAGUUAGCUCCUCGGAUGACUUUAUAAACCUCAGACACUUAGUCUUAAGAUCCUGUAAUUGUUUGGAACAGAUGCCGAAGGAUUUUAUAGGUUACCAGUUGGAGUCAAUUGAGUUGGAGGGAUGUCUCUCUUCCCUUGUCGCUUCUGCUAAGCAGUUACAACAGAAGAGAAUAUCCAUGGAUUUUUCUAGUUUAAAUGGAAAUCUUGAGAUCAAAACCCUGCACUGCAAAUCACCGAAAAGCAUGUACAGAUCUGUCUAUACAAGACAACUUGGCCAGUCUCACACUUUCAGACGACGUUUGGUAGUCAGAAAAAUUUGAACUUUCCUGGAAUUUAAAAGUGUAAACAGACAUGUAGUGAGGAGAACUUGAAAAGGUUUACCAGUAACUUCCAACACCGUCGAUUUCCCAUGUCUUGAGAUGUUAUUGUUUGGAAAAGUUCUCUUGGUGUUUAACAGAAAAUUGAACUUGCAAUCGAUUAAGUUGGAUUGUGUGGCCCUUCUGUUGUUGCUUUUGCUAAGCAGAUUCGAGACUGCCAAGUUGAAAUGGGAAACACCAUUUUUGAGGUCACAAUCCGUAAAUACAAUGAAUCACAAAUAGAAGAGUCUGUACAAGACACCCUGGUCGGGCUCUCGCAGUGAAUUAACAGUUAUUUAAAAAGGCAACCAUGUUGGUGACUAGGGCAAGCUGCCAAGCUGAUUGGUAUAUGCUAAUUGAAUACCUUUUUGAAAAAUUGUCAAGCUGCUAGUCUCGAGUAUUGAAGAUCUAGAGUGUAAACAGGGUAGUGAGGAGAGUUUGAAAAGGUUUACCUGUGACUUGGAGAAUGGCUUCUAUGGGAAAGCAUGGAAGAGUUGCUUUGGUGUUCAACAGAAAUUUUGAACUUCUAGUCAAUUAAGUUGGAUCAGUAUAGCCCUUUUGUUGUUGCUUUUGCUAAGCAGAUUUGAGACUGGCAAGUUGAAAUGGGAAUCUGCACUUUUGAGGUUGGAAGCCACAGAUGAUCCAUACUCAAAUUUUUACUUAUUACUACGGAGUAUUUCUUUUCUACUCCAUAUGGAUGCAAUGCAAACUUUCUUUACAAACUUAGUUGAUCUAUUUCUUUUAGAAUUGGUAUGUGUAAAGCUGCAUGUGUCUUUGUAUCUCAUUUAUAUUUGCAUGCCAAAUGAAAUGAAAUGGCUAUCAUUGAUCAGA